AAAAAACAGUCAUAUGAAUAUCAGCAAUAGUUGACGGUGGCAUCACGCACGUAUGACGUCACGCGUCACGCUGCAGCUCACUGAUGUCGCUGCAGCUGUGAACUGGUCAGACAUUGUGAAUAAAAGCACUUCGUUUCAGAAGACAGGACUGUUCUCCCCGGUGUUGCUGGAGAUAAAAGGAUGCCGUCCCUAUCGGAGCAGCUGCGGGAGGCACGGAGUCAGGCUGAAGUGUGUCUGUACUCGGGCAGCAGGGUGGUGGAGGUGCGGGCUGGGGUGAUGGCAAUGGCUCAUCUGCCUUUACCGCCCUGCUCCAAAUAUCACCACAUUGCUGCAGAGACUAUGGUCAUAGAAAACAGCUUUGGCAGCAACAGGAAAGAGACACUUGCAUCUCUGCAGUGCUUAUCUACAGCUUUGAAUAUCCUGGAAAAGUAUGGCUGUAACCUUACAAAUCCCAACAGACCCAAAUAUUGGAGAACCGUCAAACACAACAAUCCGGUGUUCCGAGCCACCGUUGACGCUAUUCAGGGAGGACGGGCGGUGCUUUGUCUCUAUGGUUACUCCAAUCAGCAGCCAGAUGGGCUCAGCUUCCCUGAUGAUGUCACAGAUCCGGACGUUGGCAGAGUUGCUGCAGUCACUCUGGAGGUGAUGAGCCUCAGGAUGGAGCUAGAAAUGCUCAUCAAGGAGACUCAUCCCCAUCCAGAAUUCUAUGAGAGAAUCAUUCCUACGCUGAGACACAAGGAAGUGGGCUUGAACACGGAUGCUGUGGUCAGCCGUUCAUCUUUCAGCUGCAAUAAACGCCAUUCAGACAGUCAAACCAAGUCACUGGCGUUCCCACUCCAGCAUUGUUCCUUGAGGGAGAGCAGCCACGCUCGCUCUCUCUCCAACCAUCAAAGUCUCAAGCCCAUCCAGGCUGUGCUGCCUCCCUCCAAGAAUCACCCAGAGAACUGCACUAUCUGUGGAAUAUUUCGCAUUACUGUCCACUGCCUGACCUGCCUCCAAGGGCUGUGCGCAGAGUGCGACCGACUGUACCAUUCCUACCCCGAGAGGUCCAAGCACCGUCGAACAGCUGUCGCGUCCUCCUCCUCACCUUCUUCCAAAUGUGGCAAUAGUAAAAGUUCUUCCACCUGGCGUUGCCUUCACUGCACGAACGUCAACUCGUCCCAGGAUGUGCUCUGUGAGGAAUGUGAGUGCCCUCGCUAUGAAUCACUAGGCUCUGCAACAGAUGAAAAACAGCCAGCUACCAUCACAGAGUGGCAGUGUAAGAGCUGCACUGUGGUCAAUGCAGCAAGCAGUGUUCUGUGUGAGGUGUGUGAAAGACCUCGUUUGGCGACACGACCUCCGGUUACCCCUUCACACCCUCCCGUCACACCACCUAGACCACCAGCGCCUGUACUGGGCAUGCCCGGGGACCCUGACAGCCAGUGGGUGUGUCAGUUCUGCACGUACCUGAACUACUCACCUGCUACCAUGUGUGAGAUGUGCGACUUGGCCCGUCCAGAGCCUGCACCUCUGCCGGCGAAGCUCCGCCCUCCCUACCCAGUCAGACGCGUCCCUGCUCUGCCAGUCAAGCCCAAAGAGUCUGCCCAAGAAGACCUGAACUCCUGUAGGCAGAGGCGGCUGAAGGAGGAAGGGCUAAAACUUAUACAGCUGAUUAGGGAUGGGGAGAAGAAUGGCAUCAGUCCAGAGGAGGUGUAUACCUGCAUGAGGGUAGCUGGAGAUUGCAGCAUUCUUCCGUGCAGAUGGAUGAAGUCGGAGCUGCCUCUGCAAUUGGACAAGAUCAUCACAUUGGCAGCUAUGUUGUCUCAUCAGUCUAACAGGUUGUUUGAAGGCCCCACUGAAGCUUCAGGAAAAGUGACUGAUUUCAAAAGCAAAGGUGUGCUCCAACUGUCCAGAGCAGAAGCCAAGCAUGCCUGGCUGAUCGCAGGGGGCAACACUGAGAGAGCUGCUCGACAAGCUCUGCGAGACAGACUAGCCAAGGUAGAGAUGCUGUGCUCACAGGGCUUCAGUGAUGAGGCUCAUUGUCAUGAGGUCGUGAGUCAAAGUGGUGGAGAUGUGAGAGGAGCACUUGCUCUGUUGCAGCGCCCUUUGCUGGAACCCUUUCAUGAGCGUAUUUGGAGCGACAAACCUGAGCCUGCCGUUGACAUACACCACCCUGACAAACAGCGCAUAUGUCGGAGGUUACUAGCGGUGUACAAUCUUCCAAGCUGGGGCCGCUGUGAGCUGGCACUAUCUCUGCUUCUGGAGCAUAACGCCCCAUACUCCCUGGAUGAUGUAGUACAGGCCGUACGGGAGUCUCAUGACAGGGAGUUCAUCAAAAGAGUCCUUGCCAAAGAAUGCCCCAUCUGCCUCUCUGUCUUUCCCCACAGCAAGAUGCAGUCCCUGACAUCUUGCCAGUGUUCUGUGUGUUGUGGUUGUUUUCAACAGCACUUCACCAUCGUUGUAAGGGACAAACAUAUCAGAGACAUGGUAUGUCCAGUCUGCUGGGAGCCUGACAUCAAUGACCCUGAGCACCUCAACAGCUACUUCUCCACCCUGGACAUCCAGCUGAGGGAAUGUCUGGAGCCAGAGGUUUAUGAGCUCUUCCAUAAGAAGCUGACAGAGCAGGCUCUUAUCAAGGACCCCAAGUUCCUGUGGUGCUGCCAUUGCUCAUAUGGGUUCAUCUAUGACGGAGACCAACUUAAAGUCACCUGUUUUCAGUGUCGCAACAGUUUCUGUGCCCAGUGUAAAAAGCCUUGGGAAUCUCAGCAUGCAGGUUUAUCCUGUGAACAAUUCCAGUCCUGGAAGAGAGAGAACGAUCCGGAGUAUCAGAAACAGGGCCUGGCUGGCUACUUACGAGACAAUGGCAUUACCUGCCCUAACUGUCGCUUCCAGUACGCGCUGUCCAAAGGAGGCUGCAUGCACUUCUGCUGCUCUCAGUGUCGCUACCAGUUCUGCAGUGGUUGCAACAACCCUUUUCACACAACUUGUGCUGUGGAUGAGUGCACCGUAUCUGGACUCCAUGCCCAUCACCCCAGAGACUGUCUCUUCUACUUGAGAGAUUGGGAGCCUUCGAGACUCCAAGCUUUACUGGAGAACAAUGGGGUUGCGUUCAAUACUGAUCCUCCUCCCGGAACACAGACAGGGCUUUGUGGGGUAAUCGAGCAGAAGGAUGACGGAGGCCAGCAACCUGACUCGGCUUGCGGAGCACAGACCCAACCGGGACACGCUGGACUCUGCGAGAAGCAUUACAGAGAAUACCUGGUCAGCUUGAUCAACAGCUACUCCAUCGACCCAGCACACCUGUAUAGCUCCAAUGAACUGCUGCUGGCCUGCAGGAGAUACAAGGUAGACGACACCCGCAAGGACGGAGAGGAUGGGUUCAUCUACUACAGCAGACUCCUCGAGAAACUGAUGGAUGAAGUUCCCUUGGGUGACAAGGUCCCACGCAAGAAAUGACUACAUUACAGUAGAAAUGCCUCAUGUAGACACUGCUCACAAAAUUAUCCAACCAUUAUUUUGGGUACAGUCAAGGAAUUUCGAAAAUGAAAUUUAAAAAAACUGCUAGCGGGUAAUUGUCCAAUAAAUCCAACUCAAUAAAUACAAAAAUAAAGAUAAAAUAAUAUAUAGUAAUUGACAAGCUUUCUUUUUAUUAAAGUGCAAGGAUGCAGACAAGGUUAACUGCUAAGAGUUUGAAGGGUGAGAAUGAUUAUUUUAUUUGUGGUAAAGUUCCUUAUUGGUUGAAGUGUAUACAGUCAUCCCUCGCCUCUCAUGCUGAGAAUUUUGUGGCUUCACUCUUAUUACGCUUUUUCAAAAAUAUAUGAAUUAAUAAAUCAUCGCUGCUUCGUAUUUGGCUAUGAACUAUUAUUAGUCAAAAAAAUAUGCAUAUUUAAGCAAAUUAUAUGUAUUUUUGCCUUAAUUAAGCAUUUUCAAGCAUUAAAAAAAUGCUAAAUGAACUAAAAUACAAAUAUAAGGCAUUCCAAAGAUGCAGUCAAAGAUAUGUUGUGAUGAAAUGUAAUAUUCUACCCUGGUCAGUAGGUGUCACAUGUUACAUUGAUGAGACAAUAGCCACUGCAGGAAGUACUGUAUAGAAACGGGAAGUAAAAAACGGAACAUCAAUAAGGAACUCCACCAAUGCUAACGUGUCUAUCUAGCAAAGGUGACUAUAGGGGUGUUAUUUAAUGUCUAGAGAUCUCUAAUAAUGUCAGAAACUGUAUGGAGAAGGUCUUAAACAGUUUUUCUAUGCUCCAAGUACAAAAAUAUUCCAUUCAUCAAUAAGGAAUUCUGCUUCCUACUUAAAUGUACACAGUCAGGUCUGGAACCAAUAACGGUGAUAAACAAACGAUGACUGUUUUAAUAGUUGCAGCUUGGAGUCCCGUUCCCCAUCUUUACUGAACAAUGGUGGUGCUUUCAUCUUGUCCACUUGACUUUGUAUUACAUAUUUCAUCGGGGAGGCCAAAUGUUCCCAAACAGGAGACUUCAACCACGUAAGAGGCUUUUCAAGCUUUGGCUUCUUUUUGGCACUAUCGCUAGCCAAAGACCGGACUGCACAGUAUUUGUUUACCAAGUAUACGCCAUACACCUGUCACUCACUUAAUGUGGGGAAAUUGGUAAGUCUCUGUACCACACUGAAUGAACAUGUGAUUAGUAAUACAUGUACUGUUACAGCCCUACUUAUUACUAUCGUAGCUUACUAUCGCCCUAACAUGGGGAAGCACUAAUAAGUUACUAUUCUGCAGCCACCAUGAAGUAAUACAAAGGAAGUAGCAGACAUGGUGAGCAGUAAAGUCUUUGUUGUGUCAGUUUUUGAAUGAUCUCAUUAAUGGAAUUGUCACAAUACGACAUCCAUCAUUUGGUGCACACUGUCAUGUACAAUGCGUUGUAAAAAUGUUGAACAAGAUAUUGUAAUAUUGCAUGCAGGUGCAUGUUUGUAUUUGUGCAUAUUUGAUGAGAAUGGAUUUACAGACACAUAAUUCAUUGAUGAUUUAUGACCCACAUGAAUUUGCAUUAAUGCCCUCCAACCUUCCA